AUUUGCUCACCCUAUCAUGAAAUUGCUUUGUUUCAGUGGUGGAUUCUUUUUUGCUGUCAAGGAAGUAUCUUUGCUUGAUCAAGGUGAAGAAGGAAAGCAAAGUAUCAUCCAACUUGAGCAGGAAAUUUCUCUUCUUAGCCAGUUUGAACAUGAAAAUAUAGUCCAGUAUUAUGGAGCUAUAAAGGAUGAAUCAAAUCUUUAUAUCUUUCUUGAACUGGUUACUCAAGGCUCCCUCUUGAGCCUUUACCAGCAGUAUAAACUUCAAGAUUCCCAGGUCUCUGCUUAUACCAGACAGAUUUUACAUGGUUUAAAAUAUUUGCAUGACAGAGAUGUGGUCCACAGAGAUAUCAAGUGUGCAAAUAUAUUGGUGGAUGCAAGUGGAUCUGUCAAACUUGCAGAUUUUGGCCUUGCAAAGGCUACCAAGCUAAAUGAUGUGAAAUCUUGCAAGGGAACUGCAUUCUGGAUGGCUCCUGAGGUUGUUCGGAGCCGAGGAUAUGGGCACGCAGCAGAUAUAUGGAGCCUUGGGUGCACAGUCCUAGAGAUGCUGACCCGACGUUUUCCUUACUUCAAUCUGGAAUGUGUAAGUUCAAGCACUUUGCUUUUAUAAUUUUAUUUUAAUUAUGGAAGCAUAUUCUGUGGAUUGUUCAUCAUCCUCUUAAUACACUGAAUAUAUGUUCUCGCUAAAAUCUUAUGGAAUGGUUUUUGACGAGGGACCAAAAUGCUGAAUGACAAACAUAUAGUGCAUUAUGAUGUUUUUCGAACGAUAAUAAAUCUGGACAUACUAAAGAUGGAGGUUUAUGUACACAAUUAAUAACAGCUAAUUUGAUUUGAUGAAUUGUCAAGUCAUUGUAUUUUUCAUUGGUCCAUGUUCCUAAGAUGAGAAAUAAUCAUCUAAUAUGAAAUGAUAAAACAGAUUAUAGUUAACAGAAAUGGUAACGAAGGGUGAAAGAAAUCUCAAGAAUGUUGAUUUUCAACC